AUGUCUCUCCCGCCUAAAAAUUCCUCUUUGUUACAAGAGGAGAAAACAGAAGGAUUCAAAAACAGAGAACCUCUCCUCCGGUUUAAGAAAAUUAUGGAAAUGGUGAAAGCCGUUGAGAGAGAAGAAAAAGAAAGCUACAAAUUCGAAUUGUUCGAUUUCGAGAACAUGAAGGAGAAAAACUCAUCUUCUCGGAAUGUCAAGAGAUGGAACUCUGGUUCUGCCUUGAGAACUGAUGAUGACACUGUUUUCAAAAAAGCUUCAGCCUCAAGCGUCCUACCAAUGUUACCUCUUCAACCUCCUCAGACUUGUGAAGCAACCGGUGAAGAGUUACAAGAAGAGACAGGCAAGAAAAAAGAUCUAUUUCACUGUUUCAAAACUAAUUAG